GGCUGGAAGUGCGCGCGAGAGAGAGAGUGCCGAGGAGGAAAAACAGGUCGAGGAGCGAACGCGGAGGAGGGAGAGAGCGGAAGACGGGAGCGAGAGGUCGAGCACUAAGAAGACGGGAGCGCCGCAUCUGUUGACUUGCAUCUUCUGAAGACUGAGCCAGAUACACCGAAAUCAUGGCCAACAGCACUACUGCCAUACACCCAAGUAGUCUCCCGUGGCACCCGGAGGCCAUCCUGGUCCCCCGCGUCUCCCUGCAGGUCCAGGAGGUCUACCCUUUCCACGACGGCUGGAACGUAGCCUGCUUCAUCAUCCUGCUGCUCUUCAUCCUCACCGUCAUGUCCCUGGCGGCCCUGGCCGUGCUCUACGAGCUGCUGGACUGCGGGUGCUGCGCCAAAGGGAAGACACACCACCAGCUACAGGAGGAGGGGCCGGGAGGCUGCGGCAAGCUCAUGACCAGCAUCUGUAAGGAGCCGGAAUCCCACACUGAGGUGGUGUAGGGGGCCCGCGAGGACCAAGAUGAGGAAGAGUAGGAAUUCAGGUUUCUGAACUAGGCAACACCACAGCGUUGACCCAGAUGCCCUGAGGAAAGAACUUCUAAUAAAAGUGCCCACAAGUGGUUCGGUUGCUCUCAGUUGAGAGGAUGCGGGGAAUGAGGUAACAGAACAAUGUAAAAAACAAAAAAAAAGGAAGGGGGCGUCAGUUUGUCACCGAUUUAUUUCUGUUAGGAGGGAAUCUUCACACAUCUAGAUUUACUGCCACAUACACACAGGGGGGGACCUUGAAAGUCACAUUUUUACACCAGAAACAGACUGAGCAGUCGAUUAACAUUAGUGCUAGAAAUAGUUCUCAUAGGGUGGCCAUGUUGACAUAAAAACACUACUAUGACCCAAUAUCAGCUAGUUAAAAAAAAGUAUUCUUGUUGUAUGACAUCUGCCCUGUGAGUACUGCCCUGAGCCGGCUGCACAUGCGCUUAUAAGAAAUAUGGUAAAUUGUUGUGUACGGUUAGAAAACGCUGUCCCAACUUAAAGACAUUACCCUAGUUUCACAACAGGACUUGAGGAACAACAAACAAAUGAUCAAGCUUGUUGAAUAAAACCUGCGUUUCUCUGCUCUUUAGUAAAUUGUAUGCCAGUGUUGUCAACAUGUUUAGCAUUGCAGCGUUGUCUCAUGAGACUUGGUUGCUGCACAGUGAUGUAAAUUUAUCAUGCCGUCUUGAGCACAAUGUAUGAUUUCAUAGGCCUAAAAUGCAAAAUGCCUAAUAAAUUGUCACUGAAUUAUG